AUGGCACUUACCCAGCCUGGCCUGGUGAGUUCUAACACCACUGACAUUGACACUAUCCCAGGCCUGGUGAGUUAUAACACCACUGGCAUUGACACUAACCCAGGCCUGGUGAGUUAUAACACCACUGGCAUUGACACUAACCCAGGCCUGGUGAGUUAUAACACCAGAGAUAAUGGCACUUACCGAGACCUGGUGAGUUCUUACACCAGACAUAAUGGCACUUAUCCAGGCCUGGUGAGUUCUCACACCACUGACAUUGACACUAACCAAGGCCUGGUGAGUUCUAACACCACUGGCAUUGACACUAACCAAGGCCUGGUGAGUUCUCACACCACUGACAAUGACACUUACCCAGGCCUGGCCUGGAUAAGUGCCAUCGCCAGACAUAAUGGCACUUAUCCAGGCCUGGUGAGUUCUAACACCACUGACAUUGACACUAACCAAGGCCUGGUGAGUUCAAACACCACUGACAUUGACACUUACCAAGGCCUGGUGAGUUCUUACACCAGACAUAAAGGCACUUAUCCAGGCCUGGUGGGAUCUCACACCACUGACAUUGACACUUACCAAGGCCUGGUGAGUUCUAACACCACUGACAUUGACACUAACCCAGGCCUGGUGAGUUCUUACACCAGACAUAAUGGCACUUAUCCAGGCCUGGUGAGUUCUCACACCACUGACAUUGACACUUACCCAGGCCUGGUGAGUUCUUACACCACUGACAUUGACACUAACCAAGGCCUGGUGAGUUCUAACACCAAUGACAUUGACACUAACCCAGGCCUGGUGAGUUCUUACACCAGACAUAAUGGCACUUAUCCAGGCCUGGUGAGUUCUCACACCACUGACAUUGACACUUACCCAGGCCUGGUGAGUUCUAACACCACUGACAUUGACACUAACCCAGGCCUGGUGAGUUCAUACACCAGACAUAAUGGCACUUAUCCAGGCCUGGUGAGUUCUCACACCACUGACAUUGACACUAACCAAGGCCUGGUGAGUUCUCACACCACUGACAUUGACACUUACCCCGGCCUGGUGAGUUCUUACACCACUGACUUUGACACUCACCAAGGCCUGGUGAGUUCUAACACCACUGACAUUGACACUAACCCAGGCCUGGUGAGUUCUUACACCAGACAUAAUGGCACUUAUCCAGGCCUGGUGAGUUCAAACACCACUGACAUUGACACUUACCAAGGCCUGGUGAGUUCUAACACCAAUGACAUUGACACUAACCGAGGCCUGGUGAGUUCUUACACCAGACAUAAUGGCACUUAUCCAGGCCUGGUGAGUUCUCACACCACUGACAUUGACACUUACCCAGGCCUGGUGAGUUCUAACACCACUGACAUUGACACUAACCAAGGCCUGGUGAGUUCUUACACCAGACAUAAUGGCACUUAUCCAGGCCUGGUGAGUUCUCACACCACUGACAUUGACACUUACCAAGGCUUGGUGAGUUCUAACACCACUGACAUUGACACUAACCCAGGCCUGGUGAGUUCUUACACCAGACAUAAUGGCACUUAUCCAGGCCUGGUGAGUUCUUACACCACUGACAUUGACACUGACCAAGGCCUGGUGAGUUCAAACACCACUGACAUUGACACUAACCAAGGCCUGAUGAGUUCUUACACCAGACAUAAUAGCACUUAUCCAGGCCUGAUGAGUUCUCACACCACUGACAUUGACACUUACCAAGGCCUGGUGAGUUCUAACACCACUGACAUUGACGCUAACCCAGGCCUGGUGAGUUCUUACACCAGACAUAAUGGCACUUAUCCAGGCCUGGUGAGUUCUCACACCACUGACAUUGACACUUACCCCGGCCUGGUGAGUUCUUACACCACUGACAUUGACACUUACCAAGGCCUGGUGAGUUCUAACACCACUGACAUUGACACUAACCAAGGCCUGGUGAGUUCAAACACCAGACAUAAUGGCACUUAUCCAGGCCUGGUGAGUUCUCACACCACUGACAUUGACACUAACCAAGGCCUGGUGAGUUCUAACACCACUGACAUUGACACUUACCCAGGCCUGGUGAAUUGA